GACCAUCGCAUCGCCACUUAUCGCCAGGCGACCGCCGAUAAAGAGAUAAAUAAAACGAAAGUGAAACGCUAGAGCCCCGCGGGGGACACGAUUCUUGUCUCCCUCCUUCGCUCCUUCAGCCAUGAUGCCGACCGCUGGAGGUUGGUCCAGAUGGACUGGAUACCUGGUGACUGCUCUCCUCGCCCUCCAGGGGGCGCUGGCCCUUGACUUGAACAUUGACUCGAGCGACUCCAUCAAAGCUGCCGCCAGCAACGCCGCAUACGGGAUGAUGAUCCAUUAUCAGGGCAACGAGACCGGUCAUAUUCCUGGCAAACUGCCGGGCACGUGGUGGGAAGGCGGCGCCAUGUUCAUGACCCUGAUCCAAUACUGGCAUUUCACCGGCGACGACACGUACAACGAGGAGGUGAUAGAAGGCAUGCAGUGGCAGGCAGGAGACUGCGACUACAUGCCCUCCAACUGGAGUAGUUAUCUUGGAAACGACGAUCAAAUGUUCUGGGGUCUCGCGGCCAUGACCGCAGCCGAACUCAACUUCCCCGACUCCACUGAUGGAUACUCGUGGCUCGCCCUCGCCCAGGGCGUUUUCAACACGCAGGUCAACCGAUGGGACACAACGUCAUGUAACGGUGGGAUGCGGUGGCAGAUCUACAGUUAUGAGGCCGGUUACGAUAUGAAGAACUCCAUCUCCAACGGUGGCCUCUUCCAACUCGCUGCUCGCCUGGCGCGCUACACCGGCAACACAACCUAUGCCGAAUGGGCUGAGAAGAUCUUCGACUGGUCGGCCACCACACCACUACUGAGCAAUAGCACCUGGAACGUCGCCGAUUCUACAGAGACCACCAACGACUGCGCUACCCAGGGCGACGAUCAAUGGACCUACAAUUAUGGUACCUAUAUCAUGGGCGCUGCCUACAUGUAUAAUUAUACUAAUGGAACCACAAAAUGGCUCGACGCCGUCACCGGUCUUCUCAACGUCACCCUCGACCGAUUUUUUCCUUCCAGCCAUGGCGGAGAGAUUAUGUCCGAGAUCCUCUGCGAGCCGACCGAAGUCUGCAACGACAACGAGAUCAUCUUCAAGGGUCUGCUUUCCACCUGGCUGGCCUUCACCUCCCUGGUAGUCCCGUCGACGUACGAUGAGAUCUGGCCCAAGCUCCAGGGCUCUGCGCAGGGCGCUGCCGCCACCUGCAUAGGAAAUAGCAACAACACGUGCGGCGUGCGCUGGUAUGGCGACGUGUGGGACGGAUGGUCCGGCCUGGAGGAGCAGAUGAGCACCACCAGCAUUUUCAGCGUCAACAUGAUCCCUUUCAUGAACACCUCCGCCGCCCCGGUCACCUCCACCACCGGCGGAAACAGUACCAGUGACCCCUCGGCCGGUACCACAGACAAGGAUAGCGACACCGAGACCACUACCGCGAUCACCACAGGCGACAAGGCAGGUGCUGGCAUCUUGACCACCGUCUUUGUGGGAAUGUGGAUUGGUAUGAUCGCUUGGGUGCUCAUUGGUUGAUUUUUUUUUUCUUUCUUUCUUUUGGAAUUUCUUGUUGGUUUCUUCUUGUCAUUUUUAAACUAUCUAUACGGAGUCUCUCUUCAUGUGUUCUUUUCUUUUUCCUGUCUUUUUUUUUUUGCCAAGGGCAUUUAUUUUACCCCGAUUGAUCUGGCUUUGGAAUUGGAGGCCCGUUCAUCAUUUUGUAUACUAGAGCAUGCAUCUACUGGCAAUACCCAUACCCCACUGGCAUAGGCCAUCAUCUCAUCAUUGCUUUCAUG